CAGCAGCAUGAGCAGCGGCUACAGCAGCCUGGAGGAGGACUCCGAGGACUUCUUCUUCACCGCCAGGACCUCCUUCUUCAGGAGAGCGCCCCAGGGCAAGCUCCGCACCGGCCAGCAAGAUGUGGAGAAAGAGAAGGAAACCCACAAUUACCUCAGCAAAGAGGAAAUCAAAGAGAAAGUUCAUAAAUACAACUUAGCAGUCACAGACAAGUUGAAGAUGACCUUGAAUUCAAAUGGGAUUUACACUGGCUUCAUUAAAGUACAGAUGGAACUAUGCAAACCUUCCCAGGCUGUUGGAAAACCCGCUCCCAGUAGCAAUGGCUGUAUGAACACCCUUCACAUCAGCAGCACAAACACGGUUGGCGAAGUGAUUGAGGCCCUGCUUAAGAAGUUUCUUGUGACCGAGAGCCCUACCAAGUUUGCACUUUAUAAGCGGUGUCACAGGGAAGAUCAAGUCUACGCCUGCAAGCUCUCGGACCGGGAACAUCCACUCUACCUGCGUUUGGUAGCAGGUCCCAGAACAGACACACUCAGUUUUGUUCUUCGCGAACAUGAAAUUGGAGAGUGGGAAGCCUUCAGCCUGCCAGAGCUACAGAAUUUCUUGAGGAUCUUGGACAAGGAAGAAGACGAGCAGUUAGAGAACCUGAAGGAGCGCUACGCGGCCUACAGACACAAGCUGGAAGAAGCCCUCAGCCAGGCGUGGAAACCGGGGUAAAGUGUGGGGCUCCCUGCCCCUCAGGGACGGCACGGGACCUGCGUGUGCACCGGCGGCCAGGGUCUCUCUUGUCGGAGGGCGGUUUUCUUGCCCUAUGAUGCUAGGGCCUUUCCUCUUUACAAAUCUCUAGAUCUAGUUCCCCCAAACUGGUCACGCAGCAUCCUGCAGCUUGGGCGUCCUCUGUCAGGGAUUCUGCAAGCUUGUUCUGUUAACGGCACCACGGUGUUACCUCUUGGCAAGCUGUGAACCUGUGGUCUCAUCUGGAGCAUUCUAGAGUGCUUUGAAGCAUGGACUUUGAGGUUUUUUAUUUUUCCUUAUUUUCUUUUAGUUAAAUAUAUGAUGAUGUUAAGCUUAAGGUUGUGCAAAUGAUUUUUUAAAAGCUUAACAAGGACUCUUUCUGAAUACUUGUCUUAUGUUGAAACUACCUGUCUGUUACUGGGUUUUUUUUGUUUUGUUUUUAAUGUCAGAGGAAACAAUUCAUGUGAAUUGAAGGGCACAGGAAGCUAGGGAUGCUGAGGAGCUGGUGAAGGAUUUUGGAGGAGUCUGGUAAAGAGAGAAAAGAGGAAGUAUGGAAGAAGGUGGAGGGUGGAGGUGGAGAGUGCUUACGGAAGGAGGUUUGGGUAAGUGGAUGGUAGAGAAGGAGGUGAGCUUUCAGUUUAGAGACAUUAACUCCAUUGUCAUACUGCUUGAUUUCCUGGUGAGUAAAAUGUGGGCACGGAGACCAAAGAAAGUAGGAGCUAGACGCAGAGGAGGAACUGACUGCGGCGGACCAGGGGAGGCGGGAGGAGCCCCAUCUUGGUGAAUCAGCGCCCUCCCCACCCUCCUGGAGCGGAAGGUCUGAGUGGUACAGCUUCUCUGUGCCGUCUGGGUGGUGAGCAUCAGCUAUGACCCCUGUGAAGUUACAGUGUCCCCCUGAGGUUGUUUCUCAAAGUGGAAAAGGAGUUUCUGGAGGAGGCAGUGUACCCUCCAACCCAACCCCUUACCCCCCACCCCCCGCCCCCGGGACUUCUGUAGAGUGAGGAGCUCUCAGCACUCUUUUGACAAUCACUCCCUCCUUUCCCUUUAGUCUUCCCCUCCCUUCUCCCUCCUUCCCUCGCCUCACUGCUCUCCCUUCCCCCUUUGUCUUAUAAAUUGAAGUAGACUUGAUGUAGAACAGGGCUAUGGAUUAAGGAGGCACAGGACGGGCCAUCAGAUCCUCGGUUCCAAAGUGACUGUAAAGUGCGGGAGGGCCCCCCUGCCCCGCGUCCACUCCCAGCGGACCACAGAGGAGCGGGUUCUUAGCUUUUUAACAAAAGUGCAUGCUGCUGCAGACCAAAGAAGUGCAUGUGCAAUAGGAGCCUUCCUUCAGCCAGGUUAGAUAGUCUCAUUUUGCGCAGUGGUUAGUCUGAAGCCAGCAGGAAAGGUGUGUUGUACUCCUAGAGGGGCCUUGCAGUCUGUGUGCAGUCUAGAUAGUGUUUAUAAAUUCCCAAGGAAUUGUUAACACUUUGGUGACACCUAAUGGAGUCUUUUUGAAAUUCCAAGGUGCUUCAGUUCUUUGCCUCCUAAGUGAACUGUGCCUUUUUUAAAAAUUGCAUUUCUGUUCCCUUCUUGGUGGCUCUUCUGACUUUUCAGAGAACACCCGUCUUGUUGGAGGCAGAUGUGUUGCUUCUGCUAUGCCACACACAUUACCGAGACAAUCAUAUCUUCCUAAGCUUUUUAAGGAAAGUUGGAAAGAAACCCCAAAAAGUAGAACUAGCUAUAAAAUAUGUAUGGCACAUCUUGUUUAAUUUUGCAUGUAAGUUCCUUUUAGUGCCUCAGUGAGGUUUUAGUGACAUUGUCAACCAAUACUUUACUUUCAUUGUUCAGGGAAUGCCUUCAUGAUUUUUAUACUGGUUUUACUCUUCAGACUAUGGCUUAGGUGUGAGUGUACUGUUAUCAACCACCUGGUCUUUUAAUUACCCACCCCAGUAAGCUCAUAUUUUGUGAAGCCUUUGUUUCUCAGAUUGACACUGUUCGAACCUUAAAGUAGUACCUGAUGGGUAUCUGUGAAAGUUUUUUUCUUUUUUUUUUACUUGAAGUAGACUGUCUGAAUUAGGCAUCUUCGUCUGUGUGAUCCAGGACCUCGCUCAUUGUCACGUGCACUACAGGUUUCAAUUUGGAAAACUUACUGUGUUGAAGUCCUGUCGGUUCAUGAUUCUUGAAGACCAAUGGUCUCUCCUGAACACUGGUGACUGCAGCAUUUUUAAUGUGUAAGAGGCCACCGAGGCCAAAAGAUUUUUAAAAAUUAUUGUACAAAUUCUUAUGUUAAAUUUAACUAUCUAAGCUUUGCUGUAAUACUGUUUUCUCUUCAGUAUGUGAUGGUACAGGAACGAGGUUAAAUGAAGGGGUGGUAUUGCAGGGGAGCAUUUUAAAUCACAGAAGUAAAAAAAAAUUAUAAUAUUUAUAAUUUUCAUGAGUUUAAGUUUAUUUUUAUGGGGAAGAGUUUUUUUUCCCUAAAAUUGUUUCUGGAAUGGCAAAUUGUUUCCAUCAUUAAAAGUUGAAGUUGUUAGUUGA